AUGACUGGAAAAUGUGGAAAGUGCUCAAAGCAACUUCCAAGAAAGCAAUUUUUAAUAUGUGCCUCAUGCAAUACCAGUUACGAUAUCGAUUGUGCAGGAGCUGAAAAGAGAUUUUUCCUUAUGAAUGACGAACAUAAAAGGCGAUGGAAAUGCCUUUCUUGUUGUACCACAAAACCACAUUCCUCAAGUUCUGGAAUAACCGCAUCCACUCCAUGUGAUGAGAAUGUCACUAUAAGAAAUAAGUGCGUUAUAAAUAUCUCAACGUCAAACUCAUUUGAAUCACUGGCUGAAAAUUCCUUGGAAGAUGAGGAUUAUGAAGACAACUGUAAUACAAGACUUAAUAGAAGCUGUCCAGAGUUAUCAACUAUUACGGUAUAUGAUUUGAAAGAAUUAAGGAUAUGA